CACCUCGUCUGCCCAGCAUGGAUGACUACGACGAAUUCGGCAACUACAUUGGCGCGCUCUCCGACUCGGACGACGCUUCGUCGGCCGCCGGCGAUGUGCCCGCCCUCUCGGCCGCCGACGCCGCGCGCUUCGGGCAGCACGCCAGUCCCGUGGCGCCGCUCGAGGGCUUCGACGACGACGACGAGGAGAUGGACGCGGCGCCGGCGGGCACGCUGAUGCGCAUCGACGAGAGCGCCUCCAACGCCGUCGUGCUGCACGAGGACAAGAAGUACUACCCCUCCGCCACCGAAGUGUACGGCGACGACGUCGAGGCCCUCGUGCAGGAGGAGGACGCACAGCCCCUGACGCAGCCCAUCAUCGAGCCCAUCAAGCUGCGCCGCUUCGGCAUCGAGGAGACGGGCCUGCCCGAGACGCGCUUCGAGCGCGAGUUCAUGAUGAACCUCAUGAACUUUCCCGAGGGCGUGCGCAAUGUGGCCGUCGUGGGACACUUGCAUCACGGCAAGACGAGCCUGCUGGACAUGCUCGUGCAUGAGACACAUCGCAUGGACGUGGACACCGACACGAAUGAGCGCUACACGGACAUCUCCAACCUCUCGCGCUCGCGCGGCAUUUCGCUCAAGUCUGCGCCGCUCAGCCUGGUGCUCGGCACGACCAAGGGCAAGUCGCACCUCGUCAACCUGCUCGACACGCCCGGCCACCCCAACUUUCUCGACGAGGUCGCGGCGAGCAUGCGCAGCGUGGAUGGCGUGGUGCUGGUGGUGGACGUGGUGGAGGGCGUCAUGGUGGGCACGGAGAAGGUCGUCGAGUACGCCAUCCGCGAGGGCCUGCCCAUCGUGCUCGUGCUCAACAAGCUGGACCGGCUGAUUCUCGAGCUGCGCCUCCCGCCGGCCGAGGCGUACUUCAAGAUCCGACAUUCCAUCGAGGAGGUCAACAACCUCAUUGCGACGCACGACAAGAACCCGGCGCGGCGACUGGGGCCCGAGCGCGGCAACGUGGCGUUUGCCAGCACGCAGACGGGCUGGUGCUUCACGCUGCGCAGCUUUGCCAAGCUCUACGCCGACACGCACGGCGGCGGCAUCGACGUGGAUGAGUUUGCCAAGCGGCUCUGGGGCAACAUCUACUUUUCCGCGUCGGGGCGCAACUUCUCACGCAAGGCGCCCGACGCGGAGAGCAAGCGCAGCUUCGUGCACUUUAUUCUGGAGCCGCUGUACAAGCUCUACACGCAGGUCCUCUCUGCCGACACGGACAGUCUGCGCGCCACGCUGGGCGCGCUCGGCAUCCACCUCAAGCCGGCGGUGUUCAAGAUUGACGUGCGGCCGCUGCUCAAGGUGGUGCUGAACCACUUCUUUGGCAACAGCACGGGUCUGGCGGACAUCGUCGUCGAAAACGUGCCGUCGCCGCUGGAGAAUGCGCAGGCCACGGUGGAGCGCCUCUGGACGGGUCCGCGGCAAGGCCUGCUGUACGACUCGAUGCUGCGCUGCGACGCCGACGGCCCGCUGGUCAUGUGCAUCUCGAAGCUGUACCAGACGACGGACGCGCUGGGCUUCCGCGCCUUUGGGCGCGUCAUGAGCGGCACGGUGCGGCAAGGGCAGCGCGUGCGCGUGCUGGGCGAGGCAUGGAGCCAGGAGGACGACGAGGACAUGGCCAUGGCGACGGUGGAGAAUGUGUGGGUCUCCGAGACGCGCUAUGCCGUCGAGGCAGACGGCAUUCCCGCCGGCUGCUGGGCACUGCUGGGCGGCGUCGACGCCAGCAUCUCAAAGACGGCGACGCUCGUGGGCGGCGACAUCGACGAGGCGGAGCUGCACGUCUUUGCGCCCAUUGCCCACAUGACGCAGGCGGUGCUCAAGAUCAGCAUCGAGCCCCUCGUGCCCUCUGAGCUGCCCAAGAUGCUCGAGGGCCUGCGCAAGAUCAACAAGAGCUAUCCGCUCGCCACGACCAAGGUCGAGGAGAGCGGCGAGCACAUUGUGCUCGGCACGGGCGAGCUGUACCUCGACUGCCUCAUGCACGACCUGCGCAACCUGUAUGCCGAGAUUGAGAUCAAGGUCAGCGAUCCCGUGGUGCGCUUCGCCGAGACGGUCGUCGAGACGAGCGCGGUCAAGUGCUAUGCAUCGACGCCGAACAAGAAGAACAAGAUCACCAUCAUUGCCGAGCCGCUGGAGAAGGGCAUUGCCGAGGACAUCGAGUCGGGGCGUCUCAACAUGCGCAUGCCGCCAAAGGAGCUCGGCAAGCACCUGCAGGAGAAGUACGGCUGGGACCUGCUUGCGUCGCGCUCCGUGUGGGCCUUUGGGCCCGCCGACAAUGGGCCCAACAUUCUCGUCGACGACACGCUGCCGUCGGAGGUGGACAAGAAGCUGCUGUACUCGGUGCGCGAGGCGAUCAAGCAGGGCUUCCAGUGGGGCACGCGCGAGGGGCCCCUGGCCGACGAGCCGAUGCGCAACGUCAAGUUCCGCAUUCUCGACGCGCAGCUGGCCGCCGAGCCGCUGCAUCGCGGCGGCGGGCAGAUUAUCCCGACGGCGCGGCGCGCAUGCUAUGCGGCGCUGCUGCUUGCGACGCCGCGCCUCAUGGAGCCGAUCUACUACGUCGAGGUGCAAGCUCCGGCAGAGUGUGUCUCUGCCGUGUACACGGUGCUUGCGCGGCGGCGCGGCCACGUGACGCAGGACAUUCCCAAGGCCGGCUCGCCGCUCUUUGUCGUCAAGGCCUACGUGCCCGUGCUCGAUGCCAACGGCUUCGAGACGGACCUGCGCACGCACACGCAAGGGCAGGCCUUCUGUCUGCAGCUCUUCUCCCACUAUGCCGUCGUGCCCGGCGAUCCGCUGGACCGCAGUGUGCAGCUCAGGGCCCUCGAGCCGGCGCCGCCGCUGGGUCUGGCGCGCGACGUCUGCCUCAAGGUGCGCCGCAGAAAGGGCCUCAACGACGCCGUCAACAUCGCCAGCUACCUCGACGCAGACAUGGUCGUCGCCCUCUCGGCCGGCGGCUUUGACCUCAGCUAAGCGCACGCCGUGCACCAUGUGACACACACGCGCGCCGAUCUCACAAUACACAUGUACACUAGCAGCAGCAGAGGCCCCCGCGCAGCAGAGGGCGGAGCCGCAGAGUAGCGUAAAGGCGCCGAGAGCGGCGAGCGUGCGCGAAG